AUGUAUAAUGCACUUUUUGUCGAAAGUGUAAUGAUUUGUACCUGUACUAACAAAUUUGACAACUCAUUAUUGAAUUGUGUCCACGUAUCCCAGCUUGAAGAAUUUGAUGUUUUGGAAAUCCCUAAAAGAGUUAAGAUAUCCUACUUCUUGGCACCUCAAUUUUUCCACGCUGUGUUAAAGUACUUGAUGGCCGUCAAUGAAGAUGAUCUGAGUGAGACUUCAAAUUUCAACAAAGAGAUCGAAGCCAGCAAAAAGUCCUCUUUAGAAAAGUUUCUAGAUAUUAUUUCGAUUGAAUUCAAUAAGCAUAGCAAAGUUGAAGAUGAAUAUGAUGAUAACCCAGACAACGAACUUCAUGACUCAAGUGAUUCUAGUGAAAAAAAUGAGUCCAAUGGUAAAGGAAUACAUAGUAAGAAUAUGUCAGCAACUGAUUCUACAAUCUUCCAGGUAGAAAUACUAAAUCUCUUUCUCACACAAAUAGAUAUUGAAAUCUUGACGGCUUGGAAAUCUGAUGACUAUAGUUCUGGAGAAGAGAAGAGCUUCGGACAUCAAAGCACUAGGAAGAAGUUGAUGGAAGAAGCGAACAAACUUAUCUGGGGCGCAAAUAAGGAUAGUUCUUACGACGAUGAAGUUAACAAAACGUUGAGAAAUGACGCAACGCUGUACAAAAAAAAGGUUCUUCAUAGAAAUGACUAUUUAAUGCAAAAGAAAGUUUCAUCUGAACUUUACAAUUUGGGAAUAACGGAUGUGAUAGAUUUGAUAAAUCAGUUGUACCUCUAUAUGUCCGUCAUAUUGUGUAUUGGAAUCCUUGGUAAAAGAGCAGCAUGGGGUAUAACACAAAUGAAUUAUUUAGAUAAUCAAUCGAAACUAAUCUUGAAAGCUUGGUGUAAGAAUGAGGCAAAAUUGAAAGAAUUCGACUUACAGGUGGAUGAAAAAGAAGAUUUGGCAGAUGUGGAAAUUAAAGGCAAUAUUGCUUCAACGGGGAGUUUGAAUUUGCAAAGCUCUAAUUUAAACUAUAUACUGGGUAAUGCUGGGUGGAUGAACGUAUCCGAUAGCAAUGACGUUGAGUUAAAUUGUAACGCAAAGAUACUGAAAAAAUGUGAAGAAUUCAUAGCCAGAAAUGAGUUGGUGGAAAGCCAAAACAUCAGACUUUUAGCUGCCAAUGAAGAGCUGAAAAUUAAGAUUCAAAGUUUAUAUGAAGCAAUUGAAAAUCUUACAAAAGAAUCCAGUAAUGAGUUACAAGUAAAGCAAUUGAGUCAGCACACGGAGGAAGAACUCAGCAAAGCUGAUGUAUCAAGCCAAGAAGUAACUCAGGACCAAAUGCGAAAUAAGUUCAGGAGGGAAAAUGAGCAGGAGCUGAUGGAAAUGGAAGAAAAAUACCACGGUAUUAUCGCAAGUUUGAAAGGCAAGCUUACCGAGUCUCAGAACAAAAACUAUGAUUUAAAGGAAGAUGUUAAAUACUUAGAGUUGAAAAACGUCGAUAUAAAGCAAGACAAGGAUUUAUUUAUACCCAAAUUAAGUGCAGAGAAGCAAUAUUUUGAGAAUUUACAUUACAUUAGCUGUUUGGAAGUUGGAAAUGAGAAAAAGGAUAAAGGAGGAGAUGGCAAUAAGAAGGCGGAAAAGCUGGAGAAAGACGAUAAGAGCAGUAGCGGUGAUGUUAUCAUGCUGUUGACGAAGACUUUGAUCAAGAAGCAGAGUGAGUAUCAAGAAACUGUCGAUGGGAUGAAAAAUGAGAUUUUGCUUUUUAGUAGCAAAUACGAGAUCUUGAAAAGUUUUACGAAGAAGAUCAGAGAAAGAAAUCUUCAGUAUUCUCUUGCUGUCAACGAGAUGCUUGAGAAUGACCGAAAGGUGUGGGAAUGGGUGAUGGGGUUGAAACUUCGGAUCAAGAAGGUGGAGGCCCAAAUUGGGAAAAUGAGAGAUAAGGUGAACGAAGCUUUGACGAUGGCGGGGGUCAGUCCAGACAUGGCCAGGGAGGUCGAAGGUCUUCGGCGAAGUAUCAAUUACGGCUUGAACGACAUGGAGGGUUACUUGUGGAGCGGGAAGCAAAGGUCGAGGACGAGUGGUGGGCCCGAGGAGAUAGGGAGGGUCGGGACGGCAGAAAACGGAGUGGCGGCGGGGAACGAAGUGGGCCCGGAGGACAUCCACGUGAGGUGUGAAAGUGAAGAGACACGGAUUGUGAAGUGA